AUGCCAUCACGAAAGCUUCGCGUGGCUGCAGCCCAGAUGGGUGCCACACAUUACAACGACCCCCGGCCCAAGACACUUAACCGCAUGAUAUCACUUCUCGACGCCGCAGCCGCAAAGGGAGCACAGCUGGUACUCUUCCCCGAAGCCGCCUUCACGACCUUCUUCCCCCGGCACCUCAUCAACGACCCCUCCGAGCUCGAUUCCUUCUUCGAGCACGGCGACGUGGCAACGCAGCCCCAGACAAAGCCACUAUUUGACAGGGCCAACCAGCUCGGCGUCGACAUCUCCGUCGGCUUCGCUGAAAAGGCCGACAACGGCGAAACAUUCAACUCCUGCAUCUACUACCACGCAAAGAACGGCUCUAUCCUGUCAAAGUACCGCAAAAUCCAUCUCCCGGGCGACUUUGAGCCCUUUGCGGAUCCGAAUGCCACCAACCAACUGGAGAAGCGAUACUUCAAGCCCGGAGACCUCGGCUUCAACGCAUUCCGGGUACCUGACCUGACGGAGUCGGUGCCGGCGCGCGGGGACCCCAUCUUCGGCAUGAUGAUCUGCAACGACCGGAGAUGGGCCGAGAGCUGGCGCGUCCUAGGCCUGCAGGGCGUCGAAGUCGUCCUCUGCGGCUACAACACGGCGGGCUUCGCGCCGGAUCUGUGGGGAUCGAGCGCCAGCAUGGACCCGGACGAGGCGCGGCGCAAGGCCCUGUUCCAUCACAAGCUGGUGAUGCAGGCUCACAGCUAUACAAAUGCUUGCUUCAGCAUCAGCGCCGCGCGGUGCGGUCUCGAUGAUGGCAAGUACGACCUCAUUGGCGGGAGCUGCAUCACAGGACCAGAGGGGGAGAUUCUCGCUGAGGCGUCCACGACGGAGGACGAGGUUGUCUACGCGGAAAUCGACCGGGACGAGUGCCGGCCGGGCAAGGAACGUACCUUUGACUUUGCUAGACAUCGUCGCGUCGAGCAUUACGGCCGCAUCACAGAACAGACCGGCGUCGUGGAGCCUCCUCCCAAGAUUACAUCUCACAUCCAGAAUCACGGCGAAGCAACAGCAAGCAACGGUGUCUCACCACCAAAGACCCAGAAGAAGAUCCGCAUCCUCCUCAUCAACCCAAACAGCACCCGCGCUAUGACCGACGCCUGCGUCGCCAUGGUCGAGAGCCAACUACCCCCGGACGUCGUCGUCACAGGCUUCACGGCGCCCCGACCGGCCCCCUCGGCCAUCGAAGGCAGCUUCGACAACGUCAUGUCCGCCGCAGCCGCCGCCCGCGCCGUCCUGCCCCUCGCGGCGACGCACGACGCCGUCCUGGUGGCCUGCUACUCCGACCACGCCCUCAUCCGUAUGCUCCGCGAAGAGCUGCCUCGCCAGCCCGUCAUCGGCAUCAUGGAGGCCUCGCUGUUCGCAGCGCGGACGCUGGGCGGACGGUUCGGUCUCAUUGCCGUGAGCGAGCGGUCGAGGGUGUUACACGAGGACAGUAUUCACCACUACGGCUUCGCGACGUCCUGCGCCGGCGUGGUCUCGUGUAAGCUUGGCGUGCUAGAUCUGCACGAGAAGAGCCAGCAGGAGGUCAUGGGGAUUAUGGCGGCCGUGGGCAAGCGGUUGGUUGAGGACAAGGGGGCCGAUGUGCUGCUUUUGGGGUGCGCGGGUAUGACGCCGCUCAAGGGGGCCGUGGAGGCGGCUGUCGGUGACGGGGUGCAGGUUGUUGACGGCGUUUUGGCCGGGGUGCACCAUCUAGUGGGCUUGGUCAGGAUGGGCGGUGCCACGGCAAAGCGCGGCGUGUACAAGAGCUCCGGUGACGGACGAAGAGCGAGGGGUCAGGAUUGGAUCUGA